UUUAAACCAUAUAUCUUGAGGAAUCUCUUUGCAUUAUUGCUUCAUCAAUCCCCUUUCUCCAGCCUUUUUUAUAGAGCUCUGCCUUUUCAGUUAUUUCAUUCCCAAAGUCUCAAGAACGUAAAAAAUUCUCUGUUUCUCUCUCAUUCAUUCCUCUGUUUUUCCCCUGUUUUUUUGAAGAUGAGUUCCACAAUGUUUAAAGUUUUGUUGAUCUUGGGCCUUUUGGCUACUUCAUGCUUGGCUCAGGCACCGGCACCUACACCCACCGCAACCCCCAAAGCAGCUCCCGCACCCACACCAUCAUCCAAGGCAUCUCCCACACCAGCCCCAACCCCAUCAUCCACCACUGCUCCCACACCCAGCUCCUCACCUACUCCUACCAGUCCUGUCUCCCCUCCUCCUACUUCACCUUCGCCAUCCACCACUACCCCUCCUGCUGAUCUGACCCCGCCCCCGACCCCACCUGGCAGCGGUGCGGCCUCCUUCAGUGGAGUUUUGGUUGCUGGAACUGCCCUCACCGCUACUUUGUUGGCAGUCUUGGCUUAAGAAGUGAUUCUAGAGAUCGUAUUUUUCUUGUUCUGUUUCUUGGAGUAGCAUUUUCGAUCUCGUUCUUUGUUUUAAUUUCUUUAUUAUUUAUUUGUCAUGUUGAGUUUGUUGGAGGCAGAUUUUAUUAUUUGGGAUUGGACGGCUGACAGUGGAUUUUAUGUUUUGGUGAUGACAUGUGUAUCAUUUGAUGGGAUCUGAUGGAUGUAAAGAGAUUAAUAACAGUGGAAUAAAUAACAUUUUUCUAU